UUUCUUUGGGCUCCUCCCGCCGGCGAGGCCCCAACUGCACUUUGCCACUCACCCGCCGGCUGGACGGUGGCUGCUGCCCUGCUCUCUCUCCUGAGGGUCCCUCAGCCUCGCCAUGCCUCGGAGCCUGGCCGCCUUCCCGCUCCUUCUCCUUCUGGCGGGGCCCGGGGCGCUGGGCGCGGGCCUGUACUCGCCCUUGGACCCGCUGGCCGUGCUGGGGGCCGACUCACUGGAGCGGCGCCUCUUCAACUCGAGCAGCGCCUGGGUGGUGGAGUUCUACGCCUCCUGGUGCGGGCACUGCAUCCGCUUCGCGCCCACCUGGAAGCAGCUGGCGCGCGACAUCCGCGAUUGGAGACCUGCGGUGAUGCUGGGUGUGCUGGACUGUGCCGAAAGGUCCAAUCAGAAAAUAUGUACAGACUUCGGAAUCACUGGUUAUCCUACUUUGAAGUUUUUCAAAGCAUUCUCCAAGAAACCUGAAGAUGGCAUCAGGCUCUACCAUCAUGGAGAUGACAUUCAGAGCCUCAGAGAAUCCGUAAUCACCUCAUUAGAAAGGCAUGAAGAUACGUGGCCUCCUUCAUGCCCACCUCUGGAGCCAAUCAGCGCGGCACAACUUCAUGACUUCUUUCAGGCAAACGAUGUGACCUACCUGGCCCUGAUCUUUGAGAAGGAGCAUUCCUUUUUGGGAAGAGAGGUGACUUUGGAUAUGCUUCAGUUUGAGAAUAUUGCGAUACGGCGAGUCUUGCAGACCAAUGAAGAGCUAGUGAAAAGGUUCAAUGUCACCUCCUUCCCUUCUGGCUUCCUACUUGUCAACAAUGGCUCUUGCAUCAGCAUCCCUGUAGAUGCUGACUUCAGACCCCUUUACAGAAACUUCCUGCAGAGUCUACCCAACGUCAUUCGAGGAAACUCCUUCAGACCUACUGUGGCCCCCACUGUAGAACCAGAGACUACCAUUGCACCCUGGAGAAUCGCAGACAGGAAAAAGGUGUACAUGGCUGACUUGGAGUCUGCGGUACUUUAUACCCUCCGGGUAGAAGCAGCAAGAUUCCGCCAUCUUGACAAUGAGCGGCUUUCUGUACUGAAGCAAUAUGUGAAUCUUUUGGUCAAGUAUUUUCCUGGACGCCCUGCAGUCAUGAACUAUCUUCGUAAUCUGGACUUGUGGCUGAAACCAAUGACAAAUGUUUCAAGAAAUGAAUGGGAAGAGGCUCUCAGAAAUAAUCCAGAGCUUCCCCAUGCCAGGUUGCCGGAGAACACACUCUGGGUAGGAUGCCAAGGAAGCAAGCCUGAGUUUCGAGGAUUCCCAUGCGGACUCUGGACUCUCUUCCACCUCCUGACAGUGCAGGAAGCACUGCUCAGUCCCUAUCGUUCCUCACCACCAGAAGUCCUUCCUGCAAUGAGAGGAUAUGUCCGGUACUUCUUUGGCUGCCGGGAGUGUGCAGAGCACUUUGAAGGGAUGGCAGCAGAAAGUAUGAGCAGAGUGAGGAACAAAGAUGGAGCUGUACUUUGGCUUUGGUCAAGGCACAACAGAGUCAAUUACCGCUUGGCAGGUGCCCCAAGUGAUGAUCCAAAAUUCCCCAAGAUUCAGUGGCCGCCUCAAGACCUGUGCUGGUCGUGCCAGAUAAUAGUCAAUGGAAAGCGUAUGUGGGAUGAGAGGGCCAUCCUGAGGUUCUUCAAAGCUUAUUUUUCACGUAGCAAUAUUUACUUGGAUUUCAUAAAGCCUCUGAUCCGACGGGGUCGAGAUGUUGAAGAGAAAAAUAAUCAAGUUGAGGGUGAACUAGAGGAAGGCAAAGAAGAGGAAAAUGCAAGACAAGAAAAAGAGGAAUUUGAGGAAGACAAGACAAGGGCAAAGAAACCAGAGAGUGGGAGAGUAACAAGGAGGAGAUCUGGUCUGCAAAAAUCAGGCUUGACGGAACAGCAUAAACCAAGUAUUAUCAAAAUGAGCACAAGAACCAAAGAGGUGGAGGAAGAUAUUGUUGAUCUUGACUCCUUCAGUGAGCAGCAUUACAAGAGCAAGAAUUUAAAGAUGGCAGGCCAGAUCGGGAGCAAGCACAGGCGGAUUAAGAGGGACGUUGGCCUGGUGCGGAUGGAGAAGGAGGGCCAGCAGUCUUUUGAUAUUGACACAGCUUGGGAACGGUUGAGACAUAAGAGCUGGGGAGGUCAGCAGCUCAUCGGUACCAUGGAGGAGGAAGAGGAGGAGCUUGAAAAGGAGAAUGGGGUUGUCUUGAAGAGGAAGCAGUGGUUCCGCAUCCUAGGCAUAGGUUUUUCGCAGCUGGACAUCAGCUUAUGCAUUGUCUUGUACGUCCUCUCUUCUAUGUGUCUGCUAGGCAUGUAUGCUUUCUUCCGCAUGCACAUGAGGUAUCGCAAGGGCCGCUCGAGCUUCCCAGUGGCUUGAGAAAGAAGCGGAAGAGCUUGUGCGUGCCUCCUGUGGUGGCUUCUCAACAUCAGUUUGUACUCUGGUUACGGAUAUGCAAAUACAGUAACCGGCGAGUUUUGCCCUUGUUGUGAAUGGUACAGGGUUACUUUGUGAGGGAUCCAAGAAUGGGAAUCAGAACUUCUCUUUAUUAUGGCUAAAACAGGCAUGUUUUCAUCACAAUUGUCACACCAUGUGUGCCGUUUCCACUUGGAUAUCUGUAUUCGAGUAUAAAUUGUUGACUGUCAAAAAGGGAGGCGGAUUUGUUUCUGAGUGUAUGUUGACUAUUUGAUUUUUUCUAAGGAGUGAGAGGGGCUUUUAAUUUUUUUUCACCUGUACUUGGGAUUAUUUAGCUGAUAGUAUUCAGGUUCUACCAGGCAAAUGUAGCAUAGUUUUAACAUGGAUCUUGAAGACUGUUUUAUGUGGCCAGUUUGAGAGCAACAGCAAAAUGGCUGUUUCCAAUAUCGAUUAGACACAGAACUCCAUAAUUAUAAAUACUUCUUUUCCAGAUUAAAUACACUCUACAUAGUGUUGGACUUAAUUGAUCAAAAGGCUAAAAUUUUAACGCUUGGUAGCUUGAAUUAUCUGUGAGAGCAUUAACAUCCUGAAAAACACUUUAGUCUCCCAGUUUCUUGAAUCUUAGAUACAGAAGCACAGUCUAAACCAGGGGUCCACAAACCUUUUAAACAGAGGGCCAGGUCACUGUUGAAGGGCAG